UAUAAAUAAAUCUAUAAUGUAGUGCCUAGCUAAUUGUCAACGUACGUAUCAAAUUAGUAUGUAGGGAUCGUAUAUGAUCAUAAAUCUAUAUAUAUGGAAUUAAUUGGGUUCUUGUUUUGGACAUCAUCAAUUCUAUAUAUUACAAUAUUAAUUUAAGACAGAGUAUUAUGAAAUCCGGCACCGGAGAAGAGGGAGAGGGCUCUUCCGACACAAAGAGCGAGCCCUUGCCGGUUAUCCAAGCUCGAGUCGCGGCCGGAAAAAUCCACAUUUACGUACACUGCCGGAGACAAAAUGGAGCCAUGACAAAAUUGAUCGAGAAGGUUGAGAGCCUCGACAUGGUUGUCCUAAGUACUAAUUUCAUCUCCUUGGGCGAUUCCGCCGUGGAUAUCACCAUUGUCGCCGAGGCGGAGAAGGAGAAGAGACUGAAGAUGACAGUGAAAGAAAUCGAAACAGCUCUAAGGAGAUGUUUGAAUGAAUAGAUGUAUUGAUAUAUAGGUCGACAAUUAAGUGAUUGAUUGUACUUACGAUUGAAAUUAAAAGACAUAAAUUGACGACUUAUAUAUAUAUAUAUAUGUUAACUUUAAUUUUGUCAAUGGAUCGA